AAUUUUUUAAUGACCAGUGUAUGGAAAAUCAAUACUAGAUAAGACAAAACUCAAAACUACAAAUCUAAAAAGUUUACAAUAGAACGUCUGCAUAAUAGACUAUCGGAUUAAAGAUCGGACUCUGGAAACAAGAGCUAUUAUAUUUGAAAAUGUUAACUCGUAUAUAACAUGUGUUUAUAAUAAAACCAGAGUACGUGACACCUUCAUUUACAUUUAAAGUAUGCAAACAUUACCCGGGACAAUGCCAAUCGGAUAAGAAUUGUGCCAAAUAAGCAUUUAUAUUGUUAUUAUUAAAAAUAAAACUAUUUUUUGUUCAAAAAAAUGAUUUGCCACAAUGGAAGUUUAUUAUUUUCAAUCGCCGUCAUCUUGAACGUGAUACGCGUGAACUUUGCUCGGACGGACUGCGCUCAAAAGCAGUACACGGACUUUGAAGAUAUCAGCUCAAGCCACGGGAAAGUCUACUGUGGGUUCGGAUACCACGAGUGCGGUAACAAUGGCAACGCGUGUUGCAGCAACGUCAAUAUUUUCCCCAUCCAGCUGGUUCUGAUUAUUCUCGGCCCCUCUACCCUCGUGGUCGCUGUUACAUUCUUGGCUUUCAUUUUGAGAAAAUUCAAAGCGAGGCUUUCCAAGGACCUGACGCAUCCUUCGCCGGCGAACUCUUCAUAAGUGCAUCAACCGUCAAAUAUCCAAAGGCGAUUGCCAGAUAUGCGAGAUUAUAUAGUUUCGAUAGAGAUAAUGAUGUGACGGAAUUUACGGGAAGAAAUCAUUGAAAAGCAGCCAACCUUGUAGAAACAAACACCUGAGUAUAGACAAAGUGGACCGAUUUGUGUUGCACAAAUCAACAUUUAAAAAUAUUAAUAUAAAAACAUCAAAAAUAUUUGUGUUAUUAGUGAACAGUUUUGCUGUUUUUUUCCGACGACGUUAUAAUAACAUGUAUGCAUACAUAUAGGAUCUGGCACGAGUUGUCAUAUCAUACCAUAUUUUAUUAAACGAGUUCAGGAAUUUUGUUAGUAAGCGAGCCUUUGGCGAGCUGUUAGUAAGCGAACCUUUGGCGAGCUUCCUAACGAAUUUCCUCGACGAGUUUAAUAAAAUAUGGUAUGAUAUGAAAACGAGUGUCAGAUCUUUUUUAUCACAUGCUUUUAAAUGAGAAAAUUAAAUAAAUAUUUACGCAAACAUAAUGAUAAAUCCCGAAUGUUGUUUACAUUUCGUGACGUCAUUUGACGUUGCAAGGUCAUUUCAGCAAAAUAACAAAAUGCGAUUGGUCAAUAAACGAAAACUAAGCCAAUGAAAACGCUUAAAAAUGUUUUAUUACACAUGUGUAAUAUAAAAAAAAUAUGUAAUGGUUGUAUUACAUGGAAAACAGGGCAUAGAAUGUAAUAAAAUAUUUAUUCACAUUA